AUACGUAACGUGUUCAUCACAUAUUUGUUCAGUAUAUUUUAUAGCGUAUAAUACAUAUACUGCUGUUUUAAUGGUGUUUAUAGCUUACUACCAAUUUCGUUUAUUGAUUUUGGAUUACAUAUUUUGACAUUUCAUAUUCAGCAUAAUAUUUAGACUACGGUAAUUGAUUCAUAAAGUUAAGUGUUAACGUUUAAAAUUACCAGCAACCACGACAAAUUCUUUGAAUAUAACUUGCUCUGACAACAUUGAAUUGGUUUAACAAGCACAACGAGUGUCAAGUUAACAAGACAGUUGUGAUAGUUUAGCAACAAGGAAGUUGUUGUUCAAGGACCUGUUGUAUACAAGGUGUGAAACUUUGGUUGGUGCAUAAAACCCUACAUUCUCGAGAAUCAAACUGAGAUCUCAUUAAAAAUGCCAGGAGGUCAUGGGGGUCAUGGAGGUCAUAGUGGUCAUGGUGGUUAUAGUAGAAAUGGUCCAGGUAAAAUGCCGGUUACAACCAUGAGACCCACUAGCCCGACCAGAAAGUACAAGAUACCCUAUGUCUGGCCAUUUGUCCCAUGGCAACUCAACCCUUGGUCCACUAGGAAACAGAUCCCCACUGAGGCACCUGUUACAGAAACGACGCCUUUAGCACUGGAAGAUACACCAAAAUAUUUCCGAGCAACGACAGAAGACAAUACGAUUCUCAACCAGUUUACAGAAAUGAAAGACACGACCACUGAUAAAUCUGCUGUGACGGAGAUGACAUGGACCCCGUAUCUUGACAAUGGAAUGUCAUCUUUCAACGAAGGCUUUAAAAAUGAUUCUACUGAUUUCUCUACAUUUACAAGGGAAUCACAGUAUGCAUCUGUCAACAACACGGCAGUGAUAGCAGCAUUCAGCGUAGUAGCAGCGUUGAUCAUUGUGUGCUUCAUUGUUGCUGUCAUCCUCUGCAGAAGGCAGAGAAAGGCUAAAGCAAACUUCAAACAAAAUGUAUGCCCCUAUAAAUCAGAUCCAGGUUACUCUACACGGGAUCAAAACCUAAUCACAAUUUCCGGUAUGGUUGGAACACAAUAUGCCAAAGAGAACGAAUACUGCCAACUUGGGAACAACUUUGAUAAGAAAAUUGAUAAAAACGAUAAGAAAAGCCAGGAACAGUUUGAUCCAAGUCCCGGAGAUCACAUGAAGAUGCCGAUUGAUCCUAGUUCGAAAAUCAGCGGGAAAUCUUAAUUACAUAAUUACAAUUUAUUUGGUAGAAACUAAACACAAAUAUAUUGUUAUAUUAGAAAUAAUAAUUUUAACAAAAAUAAGUAGACAUGAAAAGAAAUAAAAUUAAGAUAAAAGUAAUUGAAUUUAAGAAAACAAAGAAGUAAAUAGAUUAUUGUAAUUUUAUUGAUACUGUUAGUUAGAAACCAAGAUUUACAAAAGAGUUUUAAAAACACGAACAUAUUUUAAUGUAUUAUUAUUACAUUUGUAUGAAAGCAUGUGAACAAUCCUAAACUUCUAUACUAUAAUUCAAAGAACACGAUCUUGUUUUAGAAUCAUUUCUUACUUAUUAACAACGAGCAUCAACUCAUGUUUUAAAUAAUUCCUAUAUUGUUUUCUCAGUGUAUAAAAUGUUUUAUGAAUUUUUCAAAUAAAAUUAUUCAAAUUCAAUAUAACCAGGUGGUGGAUAUACUUCAAUUACUUACAUGUAUUUUUUAUUGUAAUUAUAUGCCUUUCCCUAUACCAUCUAAGUUUACUUCAGUCUAAUCUACACCAAAUAUUUGCGAUAAUUAAUAUGAUUGAAUUGUAUGAAUCGUAACUACGUUUUUAUUCU